AUGUGCAGUGGGCUCGGCUCUUUCACUUCCGGCCUCCGCGGCCAUUUCACGGAAGAUGGACUGCUGUUGACGUUGCCCUCGUCUGGGCGCCUGACCCGCCGAAGCAUGCCGAAGCACUCGAGCUGUUCGCAGACGACCAUGUUCGCAAAGGCUGAACGGCAGUGCGUGACAUCGCCCGCCAGGGUCGCCGGACGUCAUGGCAAUGUAGCAGUGGCAGUGCUAGCCAUAGUGAUAGAGCAGGUGCAUGAGCAGCUGCUUGCUCGUCUGCCCUUCCAAGCUCCCGGUCCUUCGCGAGUUCUGCAGUUGGAGGCGGCGCGGCACUGCGUGCGACACCUGCGCGGCAGGCCGCGCAGCGGGCCGCAUCAGAUCGGCUCGGCCUGGUUGCGCCAAAUCGUGCAGCUGCACCUGCAGAGUUCGUGCGACAGCAUUGGCAGCGUUGCCACUAAGACCAUUGGGACCGUGGAGGUUGAGACCCAUUCUGCGUUGCUUGCCACCUGCCGUGAAGCAAGCGCUGACAGCAUGGCAGCCCAAACCGGUUCAAAUCUUCCCACCAAGGCGGCUCCUUUUGCGGAGACGAUCUGCCAGACUCUGUUCCGGUGCAUGGCCAUGAGUCUCCAAACAAUCAGCACGGCGCGAUGA